AUGGUUCCUUUAAGGAAAGUUUUUGCUUUCCAAAGCAAGAGAAAAAAACUGGCCUCUUCAAUGUUGUUCUGUACAAUAAUAUUGGCUACUAUAACCUAUAAUUAUGAGUUAAGAUAUGGUGUCAUAAUAGCCAAAUAUUGUGAGUUUUUUGAAAAUGUAACCAUGACAAUGCAGUGUGAAAUAGAGAAAGACUUCAAAAGGAAGAGCGCUUCUUUGAAAGGAAUUUGGACAAUUAACCCUAAUAGACGACUUGGCAACCAGAUGGGCGAGUCUACAACGUUAUACACAUUGGCAAAAUUGAAUGGUCACCAAGCGUACAUUUUACCUGCCAUGGCCAAUUACCUGUCUCCUAUCUUCAAAAUUACACUUCUGACCCUCCGUGGCAGACUGAGAUAUAGGAUAAAUUGGAAGCAAUAUAAUCUCCAUGACUGGAUGGACGAUGAGUACCGUAAUAUUCCAAGAAAGUGUGUUAUGUUCUCAGGGUAUCCAUGUUCUUGGACCUUUUAUCAUCAUAUCCGAGAAGAAAUUCUCCGUGAGUUCACCUUUCAUGACUUUCUCAAAGAACAGGCCAAUGCGUUCCUUAGAUGCAUUGCGGGGAAGCGAAAGAAUGUUACAUAUGUUUGCGUCCAUGUUCGAAGAGGAGAUUACAUACAUGUCAUGGCAAACCAAUGGAAAGGAGUCAUAGCUGAUAAGAAAUAUUUAAAUACAGCAAUGGCUUACUUCAGAAGUAAAUACAAAGAUGUUAUUUUUGCAGUGACAAGUAAUGGAAUGGAUUGGUAUAAGAAGAACAUUGAUAAUUCCAAAGGAGAUGUUUUCUUUUCAGAUGAUCCAAAGCAAUCGAGUCCAGCUGAUGACAUUGCAAUCCUUGCUCAUUGUAAUCACACUAUAAUGACAAUAAGGACAUUUGGUUACUGGGCUGCUUACUUGGCAGGUGGGGAGACAAUUUACCUCACAAACUUUACUUUGCCUGAAUCACCAUUUCUAAAGUUAUUCAAGUACGAGGCAGCUUUCUUACCUCAAUGGACUGGAAUUCCUGCAGAUCUCUCACCUCUCCUGCCCAAGAAAACUUCAAAUUAG